GUUCCGACAGGAUGACAAAUUUGGGAAGCCGCAGGCCUACUUAUGCUUCUUUUUCAUCACGCCGCUGCUGAGUCAGAGUGCGAAGAACGCUGCUAUGUGCGACUUGUACGUUUCAUUGGUGUAAGCGCACGUGCACAAGGAAAUGGUUCUCGCCGAAAAGGCAAAUCUCACCUACUGCUUCAUGGUUUACGACAAUGGUUUGCGGCUAUUUGUGAAGGGCUACAAUGAAAAGCUCCAUCUGAUUGUGGAGGCCAUUGCCGAAGGUAUGGUCAGUGUGGGCGCCACCCUCUGUGAAUAUUUACUCACCACCUGCCUCAAGAUGCAGGGCGAAUCCUACUUAGAACUACUGAAAUGUCCAUCCCAGUUAGCAACGGACAUCCUCGCCCGUGUGCUUGGAGAAAAUCCAUGGCCCACAAUUGACCAGUACAAGUUCCUUAAAGACAUCACCAUGGAGGAUUUCAAGGUGUUUGCCCAGAAGUUACCGCAAGAGAUGUACAUCAAGGCCCUCGUACAGGGAAACUACACGGAGGAGUCAGCCCACAAGGUGCUUAAUUCGGUACUCAGCCGGUUGAAAUGCGAGCCUAUUAAAGAUCAUCGGCUCGUAGAGAAUAGCAUCGUAAAGCUUCCGCAGAACCGCCCAGUCUUCUGCUGCGACACCGCCUGCCACCACACUACAACCACUAAUAUCACGAACUUCUACCAAAUCGGAGCAAACUCUUUACGCGUGGAGGCCAUACUCGACCUCUUGAAUACGUUGUUCAAUAGCCCGGACUUGUAUCUCAAGAAACUCGGCGAAGAGAUUAAUGGCUGGGUCCACGUCAAAAACGGCAUUGUCGGCUAUACCCUUACGGUAAACUUGAAGGAGACUUUUGAAGAGGACAGCGCCAAACAAAUGCAGAACGAGAUUGAGGUAUUUCGCUGUAAGGUUUGUAUGAUUCCCAUGCAAAUGGAUGCCAAAUGCUUUGCAUCCUGGGUAGACGACCUUCUCCAUUGGGGACUUGCCCUGGGGGGGACUUGACAUACUCUGUUGGAUGAGG